CAAAUUCAAACCCAUAUGAAUUUUCUGCUGGAUUCCAUAUAUUAGUAAUAUGGGAAUCAUAUAACAGUUCAGCAUUUGGUAGGUAUGUUGGUUAUACACCUUUGCACAAUUAAUAAAAAACGGUUACCUAGUGUUUUAGAUCGACGUCUCUGCUAAAUAAACCGUAAGUCUCACAAAUUAUCAUCACACGAUUUUGAAGCAUGACGUAGAUAUUCGAAAAAGAUGUGUGUACUUUCUAAAUUGACGAGUUUUCCUUACUUAUAUACGCAACGCGGAUUAGUCAGCAUUUAGAUAUUCUAAAAAAAUCAUAAAAUGCGAUAAUUUAUGAACUGAGAAGGGAUACAAAUAUAUGUAAGUAUGACCGGAUAGAGAAUAAAGCAAACGCUUACCCUGCUUAAAUGUUGGAAAUUCCGAGUAGAUAGAUUGUGACGUCAUCAAACACGAAUGUUACUUUUACUUAAUACGUUCACGUAAUAACUAACAGUAGAUUUAAUCUUAAGAAGUAAGAUCUUUAAUCAUUCUACAGCAUUAGAAUGAUUUCGUGAAUCCGUCAGCUUUCAAGCUUCAAAAACCUCGGAGUAUAUCGGUAAUGUUAUGUUAUGUUAGUUAAAGCCCACAAAAUCUAUAAAAAUCUGUGUUUUUCGUUUGUAAUUAAAGUACUCGUAUAUAUGCUUGUCAAGCGGUGUUGUCCAUUUGUGUUCCUAGUGGAUGUUUGGCAGUACCUAUCCUACCUAUCAUUUACAAGAUACAUUUGCUAGAUUCAAACAAAUGUAUAUUUUGGCACAGCAAUCUGGCUCUUGCUGAGUAGGUACUUUCCUGAAUGUAUAUUAUUCUAUAUUGUUUUCAUUUAUUACAUGACAAACAUUUUUGUUAAAGCGAUUACAAAUAAUGUGUGCUUAAUUGCGGGUAAUUCAAGAUGUGUUUUCCGUAUUCGAUUACGAGAUUUUCUAUCAAAUAAAAUGUGUUAGUUAACAUACAUAAGAAUAAUGAAAAUAAGUGUUGAGAAUCUUAUUAAUUUUUGAAUAGUCUAGCUAUUGAAUAGAAGUCAUACGUAUAUAGAACUAUGUACCUAUACACAUAUAAAUGUUUAUAUUAUGUUUUUUAGUUUUUCAUAUCAGCGCUUAGUUUAACAAUACCUAAUAUAUAACUGGUAUCUGUUUUAGAUGGUGAACCAAAGUGACCCAACUCCAAAGAAGUUUGAUAUAGAAAGCUACAUGUUUGGGGGGAAGAAAAAUAAGGCUUAAUAAUGUUUCCUAUAUCUAUAGACUUUUAGGAAGAGGGAAUUACAUUUUUCGAAACUAUCUGGUGUGAUUCAUGCAGGAUAUCAAUUAUGAAUAACGAUUUAAGCGGCAACGAAUUUCCUUUCGUUUUCCAACCGUUGAUAAAUAUAGGAGUCUAACUUUAUAUCGAACAUAAGUGGGACGAAGGGGUCGAAAUUGGGAAAAAGUCGCAACGUCAUUAUCGGCAAUAUUGCAUACUUUAAGCGCUUAAGCGCAACUAAUGCUGCCAAUAUCUCAGUUGAAAAGCAUAAAAAUUUUGCACCUUUGUACUUAAAUCUUAACUAUUUCUUAUGAAAAGGAAGUUGUACAUAUGUGAGGGUUCUUCUCGACAAAGCGGGGCGGACUGGAGCGGAGUUAUAAGGAAAACAUGGUAGGGGUGACCAUUUUCCGAUGUCCUAAAACAGAGCAUUUUAGAACACAUCGGAAAAUGGUCACUGAUAAUGGAUGCAAUAAUAGUGCAAGAGCGGAAAGUCGGCGUACGGCCACCCAAUCCCCCUUCCCAAUCGCGGAAUAUAAAAGUUGGAGCGCGUGUUUUGGAUGAAAAGUUGCGUCGCGUUGGUUAGCAGAGUAGGUAUUGCCGCUACUGAACAAGUGCAUGUGCAUUCUCAAAUAUUUAAGAGUCAAUGACGGCUACCACCUCCCCCGGCUAUGGGCUACUAUUUUGGGUCCAAAAAAGCAGCAUGGACAUUUUUUGUGAUAGUGUAUACUAGUGUGAGCGCUGCUACCCCAACUAAUACAUUGCUGACCGACCUCGGACUUGUUCUUCCUGAUAAUGCUAAGAUUAACAUAAGUCUGGAAGAAUAUACCACCAUGGUCAAAAAAUAUCUAAGUAAAAAGAACGACACUUUUGAGCCUGUUCCAGAUUUGCGUGUGUAUAAAUUGGAUACUUUUUUGAAACAAGGCACAAAGAGGCGACCACUGAAAAUGGCAUUUCCAGUACCAUUGUCUUCAGGCGUUAUCGAAAGCGCUGCUUUGCGUUUACUAGUGCCUCCUCAACACAGCAACUCUGAUAUUGUCAAAAUUCAUGUCAGUCAAAUAUUGGGAGCCAGAAGAACACGACUAUUAGGGGAGGAGACGUUAUAUCUUUCGCGAAACUUAACUAAAUGGUGCGAAGUAGACGUGACAACAGCAGUUGCUUCAUGGUUAAGUGGACAUAGAAACUUAGGCUUAGAAAUUAUGUGUAUAGGUUGUAAUAAUAAUUUAAUUCCUAAAGAAGCUGCAAUAACGGCUUUAAUUCACAAAUCACAUAGAAGAAUAAAGAGAUCUUUAAGUAAAGGUAUAACGGAUUGUAGUACAAGGCACCAUAAUGGGAAAGGCAAAAAAAAAUGUUGUAGACAUGAAAUGAAUGUGACAUUUACAAAGUUGGGAUUUAGAGAGAUGAAGAAUAUAAUUGAGCCCAAGGCUUUUGAAGCAGGCUACUGUCAAGGCUUGUGCCCUCCAAAUUAUAAUUUAGCUACGAAUCAUUCUCGAAUUCAAGGACUGAUGCACCAACUUGACAAAAGGAAUGCCAAGUUACUUAAACAUAGAACUGAAUUAGUGCCUAAAACUUGUUGUGCUCCUUCCAAGUUAGGCGACUUGGAAAUACUAAUAGUGGAUAGCGAAGACUCUACUAAAUUAAAAAUGGAGACAUGGCAAAAUAUGCGGGUCUUAGAGUGUGCAUGUUCCUGAAUUAAUCUGCAUUUCUCAUUUUAUUGUUUUAUUGCAGUUUGAGAACCAAGAAGAAACCUUUAUCAAGAGUCGACUGCUACAUAUAAAGUAGUUUAUUUAAGGUACCUAUUUAAUACUCUAAAUUAAGCUGCUUUUUAAAUCAGUUAUAAAAUUACCAAUUUUAAUUUAUCUAAAGCGGUAGUAAAGUUAAACUUGUACUUAGAACUGAUAAUGGUAAGUAGUAUAGUAACAUAUAUUUAUUCUGUGUUUUGCGUAGCCAAUGCGCCCAUCUACACAAAUGUUUCGAGAUUCGAGUUACCACAGUAUUAUUUGCUAUUUAAAAAACGAGCAUUUUUCGAGUAUCAGCUUUUUUUCUGCCUAUAAUAAUUUAUGUAUACCUACACCAAUUCUCUUUUCAGUCGACAAAUAAUUUUUUUUUAUUGACUUGUGUAUAUUUAUUUAUAUAGGGUGUCCUAACAUUACAAACAUAAAUAGCGGCCAGUGAGACAAUACAAACAUUAAUUGUACACUUAUUGUUUCGAGCAUAUUUAUUGCAAAAAUGUAUUAUAGAAUAAUGUAAAUGUUAAUUGAAUCAAAAUUUACGAGUUUAGUUUGCAAACUCAUAAAUCUAAAUAAAAUUAUUUCUUAUCAGACCCAAUUUUCCUUCUGAGGAAAUUUCUUUUCGAGUGUAACUAGGAUAAUAAUAUUGAAUUUUUUGAAAAAUUAAGAUCAGAACUAGUGACAUUCUUUAUUUUUUGCUAAAUCACAUGUCGAUGAUGAAUCGUGUCGCUAUAUUCUGAUAUCCUAUUAUAUAAAAACACACUUUUGUAUAACUUUUAACAUUACCGACAUAAGCAACCUUAUAGGGGCAAUCCGCGAAAUGUGAUAUAAAUUAAUUAUUCCUUAUUUAAUGGUGUGAAAUAUAGAAAUCUUCUGACUUCUGACUGUCACAAAAGUGUGAUACUUUUAACAAGUUUGGAAAUAAAUACUACCAACAAUACUCGUACACAUGUGCACUUCGAAUAGAUACUCACAUUAGGUAAAUGUUUUAUUCUUUCUGACUAAUCGAAUAGUUUGAACAUAUGAUAAAUUUCCCAUUAUAUAUAGUUUUAUGUCCAUAUCAGAUGUUAUUAUGCCAACUAGUAUAUGUUAUAGAAUAUUAGGAACAAAUGUGAUUGUGAACUGCUUUGUUUGCGUGUCUUAUGUCGAGAAUAAUUUUGGUUGGUUCAAUUAAAUACACUUGAAGUAAAUCUUCUCAAAUGAAAUCAAAUGAAGAUAAGAAAAUAUAUAGUAGAUUGAGAGAAGGAGAAUUAUUUAUGUGAAGAAUGUUUUCGAAUUGUAUAAUUUUUAAGGUUUUAGGUCUUCAGUAUGUAGGGUAAAAUUCUAACAUGUAGGUCAACGUUUAUGAUUCAUUUACAACCCUGUAUUGAGUUUUCAAAUUGCAUUAAAAUUCAAUAACCAUUAGAGCUCUUAUUUAAUUACUUAAUUAAAAUAAUAAAGUAUUAAUAGAUCUGUAAGUUAUUUAUUAAUUUAUUCAAUCUUAAACAGUAUUAAAGGUAGAUUUUAGCUAAUAUAACAUUUAAGCGCCUAGCAUCACUAUGUCAUAGUUAUUCAAAAUAUUAACAAGGUAGUUAACAUAAAAGUAUAUAAAAUGUAAGUCAAGAAAAUGACUUCUUUAACGAGGUGAACCUCAACAAGCAAUAUUGGCUAGUUUUUUAGUUAACACAUAAUAUAUGAAAUGAAGCAAUUCAUAAUAAUCUAAUUCUAAAAAUAUGUACGUUUCUAAAUUCAAAAUUGUAUAUUCGGGCUCUGCCUAUCCAGUGUGGCAUCUCGAAUAUUUUUCUCUUUUCAUCACGCUACCAGAAACAUUACAUUACAAUAACUAUAUUCUGUGAUAUAAAAAGUGACUACAUUCCGAGAUGUAUCGCAGAAUUUCCUGGAUUCUUGAUUAGACAUGCGUCACAUUGUAGAAAAAGUUUGCUAAAUAUUUUGAAACACUAUGUAUGUCUUUUUUGGCCAUUUUCAUUGCUUGAUUUGACAUAAUUUAAAGUGUAAAUUUGUACGGCUGUUUGCCAAUAUAUAGUCAAUAUAUCUAUGUAUAUGUAUAUAUUAAUGACAGUAUGUAGAUACCUAUAAAGCAGAUAAUUUUUAUUUAUAGAAAUGUAGAAAGAAAGUUACAUUUAUACGUUUGUCUGCUCACUUUUCUAGAACAAGUCCUUUUGUACAUAUGUAUGUAUUUUUAAGUUUUUUUUUCUAUUGUAAUAAAAAUAUUUUUGAGGCUUUUACGAAUUUUAGUUGUAGCCCGUUCAUUUUCAAUAAUAAUGAUCAUAAAUAAGAUUUGUAAAUUAAAGUAAUGUGAAAAAAAAUCCGAAUAACAAUUUAUUUUGUAAUUCAAACAAUUUAUUCAGUAAAAGAAUUGUGACACAAGAUUAUACCUACCGAUUUUAGGUAGAUCCUACAAAAAAGUCGAAGUCGAUCGUUCAUCUAACCAUUUUCACCACCAGUCAUCAGUCACGGAGUCUCCACUAGAUAAGUUUUUCAUAAUAGAAAUGAUAACUUAAUAAAAAAAUAUAUUCGAAUGAAGAACGUGGGGAAUUUUAUAUAAGGUAGAGAGUCGUGUGAAGGACAUAUAUAUUGAAAAAAAAACAGCUAUAAUUUCUUGCUUUCCUAACUAAUUUAUUUUUUAGACAGAAGUUAGACAUAUACAAACAUUUUACAUAUAAAAUACCUAAUGUGUUAUUUGAUAUUUCGAAUAAAGAUUUUGAAUAUUA